AUGGAGCACCCUGCGGGCAGCCUAGCCUGGAACAGAGAUUCGGUACAAUAUUUGCUGGAGCAGGAGGAUGUCCGACUCAUCACCUUUGACCAAUGCAUGUUUGGCUUGGUUUCGAAAGAGACCAAGACCCCGAUGCAGAAACGGUGCCAACAGCAAAGUGCAAAGUUUGCGCCUUGGCAAGCCGAGUUGGUGGUCCAAUACAAAUCGGCCCUACAGGCCUGCGAGGAUGAGACGGGACUUGACCCAGACAUUGCAAGAGCCCUUUUUGAUAGCCAAGAUGGUGGCACAUCAGAAGCCCCUACUACCAUUCAUUCGGAUGUCAUUUUGACGAACAAGGAAAAGCUGUUUGACUUGGCUUAUGCAGAGUUCAAAAGUCAUGGGGGUGUCCGGCAGUACCUUCAUCGCAUGUUCUCAGUGGAGUCUACCCGUGCUACAGACUUGGCGGCAAUCUUGAAGAAGUUGAUUCUCCUUCGGCAGGAUGUUGACUAUCUGACCCAUUACCCUGUGCCGGCUUGCCUGCCAGGACAAGAGGGACAACAACUUCCCUUCAUGGUUCCACUGUGGUUGUUCUCGGUUCAGAAUGAGUCCAGCUUGAGGGAACCCACGGCUUUGGAUCUUUCAAGGCAAAUCUUGCAACAAUUUGCUUGUGAUGGGUUUUUGACUGCCGGGAACCCUGUGAUGAUUCGGAUUCAGGAUGACGCCUUGACCCAGUCCAGGGAGGAGAUCCCAUCAGGGGGGCUGUGGUUCCUGAAAGGGGCUGGAAGGAUUCACACGGUCAUGGCUUUGAUGGUGUACAUUUCGAAACACACCACUUCGACCCUAGAGGUUUUCGAUGAGUUGUUGUACAAGACUUUGUCCAACAUCCACUGCAAGCACGUUCGCUUACGGGACAAGCAGGCUGAACUGUUUUUCAACAUGAAGGAGAGUGUCCGUGGGGGCAUCCGGGCAAAACCAAAUGCGAUAUCAUGGGUGUACAGUUUCCUCAACCUCUCCAGCUGGACAAAGUCUGACCCGAUUAGCAUGAUUCGAGCAUGGAAUGAAGAAGCAUCAAGGGAUGAUCGUCUAGUGAGCACCAAAAAGACUUCAGUCACCUCUGUUUUGGACCUACCUGUCACGGCUCGGGAAAUCUUGCUGGCUAUUGUCAGUGAGUUUGGUUUUGAGGGUUCACCAUUCUCUGACGAUUGCCUGUCUAGCAAGCGGUACCUGCCUGGGUAUUCCUUUAAGGGGCGGAACACACCACGUGGUUCACCAUGGAUUGAACGUGGCAAAGUCACCAAAAAGAGUUGUGUGCUCAUGUUCAAUAUGAUUUGGAGCCAGCACAAGAAGACGCCCAAGAAUUUGAACAAAUCCCAACUGGAAGAGAAGGCCGAGGUCUGUGCAUUGGCGUGUGCUUUGGUCCAAGAAGUCAUUUUGCAAGUUCCAAACACGGAGAAGGAACUUGAAAACCGGUUCCUGACAAAGCUGGCAGAGGGUGAGUCAGUCAUGGACAUGGAACUUCAGUCAGCACUGAUGUCCAAGGACGAAAAAUACAGUGCGCGGGACUGUCCGAGCAUAGCUGCCAUUCUCAAUGACCUCUGUGACAAGUCAUCCCCCAACACCUCAUCCGUGGAGCUUUUGACGGCGGUGCAGAUGGGAGAACAAAGGGUGAUGUCACAAGCGUUCGAACUUCUCCUGUCGGAGCUUGAUUUUGAUGUGAAGUCCUGGAGAGUGCAUCUGAGGAAGAUCAAAGAGUGGGAUUUGAGGGUCUGGCACCAAAGAGAUCUUUGGCAGAUCGAGAGACACAACUCUGCAAAAUCUGCAGCGCAAGACAUCUUGAAGAAGAAGGUUAACCUGCUAUCUUGGCCUGAGAAGAUUUCGGCGGGCAGUGCCGUGGAGCUUGUGCAAGCCCUUCAACAGGAUGUCAAAGCAUGGGCACACCAGUUGAAGUGCAACCAUGUUGUCGGGAAGGAAGCGGGUGUCAGCCUUUUGAAAGCGAUCACGGACGGGGUUCAAUUGUCCAGCACUUCUGCAAUCUACAUUGUGGAUUAUGUGCCAGUUGUUGGUGACUUUGCCCACGCAGCCCUGACCCUGAGCACAUCAUUGAAUGUCCCUGUGCGCUAUGCGGGGCUUCCCGAUCCUGCUCAUCAUGAAUGGCUUCAAGAGUUUUUGACACAGGACUUGAUUGACCAGCUCUUGACCGACAAGAUCAAACCAACAGCGGGACAUUCAAUUCCUGCACAAGACCCCCCUGCUGAGCACAUGGACCAAAAACCUGAACCGCCCCAGAUGAAAAAAAUGACUUUUGUCAAGGUUGAUGGUGAGGCUGCUGGCAUUCAGGUUCCGGACAGUGUGCAAAAGGUUUGGCAUACAAAUGCUACUCACGGGGCCGAGUUCCGGGCAUGGAUGGACACUUUCAAUGAGGAGUUUCCAAAACCAGAAAAAAAAGGAACGAAACGUGUCAACUCCAAUGUGACCACGGUCACCCCAAAGAAGAUCCCCAAAAUUGGUUCGGCUCCUGUUGACAUGUCCAUGUUGACGAAGCUACUUGUGGAAACGGGUAGUGCACCGACGGGGACAGAGCUACAAAGGGUUAACCUCCUCAAUUUGACCAACAUCGACCUUAUCAUUCAAACGGAUGCCAUCUUUUUGACCAAUCUUGGGGAACAACCGGUCACCAUCGCAGAAGGCACCAGUCUUUGUGGCUUUGGCCGGGGUGCAUUCCGUUUUGGGACUGAAUCUUCGGGGCUGCAAGAGCAUGAGAUUCCUUUUGACAUCAAGGAUGUGUCUUCCCAGAUGGCAAUCUUGGAUGGCCGUCCCCAGUACUUUGGUGAUCUUAUGGAAUCGAUGCGCCAAAAGUUUCCCGACAAACCGGUUCUCCAGUACUAUGAAGCCAAGCUCGACAUGGUGGAGCACAAAUGGGAACUCAAGAAGGUGAACGACCUGAUCUUUGCUCCGCGCCUUGAUGAGGAUAAAGCUGGGCAAACCACCUGUGCCAAAUUGGUGGCACCGGCCAUGAAGUGGGAAAGUGCAUGGACCGGCUUUGCAUGGCACAUAAAGCAAACGCAGACCGGGUUACAACCCCAACGCCCGGUGAUUGUGGCCACCAAAUCGGUGGAAAUUAAGCCCGGGAUGACUUUGGUGGUUGAUACUGUGUAA